UGCAGGGACGCGGUUUGAGCUCCCGCCCCCCCAUGGCGUCGUUGCCGCCAUGACGGGCCUAGUGCUGCUGUACUCCGGGGUCUUCGUGGCCUUCAGGGCCUGCCUGCUCGUCAUGGGAAUCUGCUACGCCAGUUUUGACUUGGGCUCCCGCUUUGAUGUGGCAUGGUUCCUGACGGAGACUUCCCCCAUCAUGUGGUCAAACCUGGGCAUUGGCCUAGCUAUCUCCCUGUCUGUGGUUGGGGCGGCAUGGGGCAUCUGCAUCACUGGCUCUUCCAUCACUGGGGAAGGGGUGAAGGCCCCCAGGAUUAAGACCAAGAACCUGAUCAGCAUCAUCUUCUGUGAGGCUGUGGCCAUCUACGGCAUCAUCAUGGCGAUUGUCAUUAGCAACAGGGCUGAGCCUUGCAGUGCCACUGACCCCAAGGCCAUUGGCCAUCAAAACUACCAUGCAGGCUACUCCCUGUUUGGGGCUGGCCUCACAGUGGGCCUGUCUAACCUCUUCUGUGGAGUCUGUGUGGGCAUCGUGGGCAGUGGAGCCACCUUGGCUGAUGUGCAGGACCCCAGCCUCUUUGUAAAGAUUCUCAUUGUGGAGAUCUUUGGCAGUGCCAUCGGCCUCUUUGAGGUCAGCGUUGCAAUCCUUCAGACCUCCAGAGUGAAGAUGGGUGAUUAGAUGAUCUGUGUGGGUGGGGCUACCCCCCCACUCUUAUUUAUUUGUGGUUUUCCCGGGACAGCUGGAGCUGUGCCCCUUAGGCUUUCAGGGGGCUUGGUGUUCAGGGCCCUCCCUGCACUCACUUCUGCUGCCUGUGGACUUGGAGGCACUGCCUGGCUGGACCCUCAGUGUGGCGAGUGGGCUGCUGAUGACCGUGUGCAGCUUUGCACCCGUGUCCCACCUCUACCUCCAACCCAUCUUCCCAGUGUUUGUGAAAUAAACAUGGUAUUGGUCUGGGUCAAAAAAAGUGAAAGGGAAAUGUGUUAUAAUUCAGAAGCUUUAAUUUUCAACAAAUCACUAGCCUCAUAUAUCUUCCUCUUGUUGGAGUUUUUAUUCUUACUGUUGCUCAUACUGCCCUCUCUCUGCUCAGUGGUUUUUGGUUCAUUUUUAAUUUUUUGUGGCCUCAUCUGUCUCUACACAGCCAGACCUGAGAACUGAUUCCAGGGAGCCUCGAUGCUGAGUCACAGUGGAACACACGUUUGCAGUAAGCUCUUGCACACUUGCCCUUGGGCGUCAGGCCCCUGUGGCCCACCAGGCCAUAUUCCUGGGACCAGAGGUUUGCCCACACUAUGCGAUUGACGAGGAGGUUUGAAUGGUGGUUACGGUGCCUGCUGUCCUUGUGGGUCCAGCAGUCAAGAAUCCCAGGUGUCUCCCAUCCCAUGGAGCAGUAGUCAGGCCUGGUCAAUGGUUCUUGUUGACUAGUGGGCUGCAGAGUCAUUUAACGUGACUCUAA